UGUUUGUGUUGCACUCUCCUCUCCUCCCUCCCCACUUCGCACUGCCCCGCGUCCCGCUGUCUUCGACCUUCCAUGAGCGAUCACCUGUAAGCUCGAUCCAUUCACUGCUCUGCUAAUCUGCUACUUGUCGAUAUCUUAGCUGCGGACGAUAGCAAUUGAUGCACGUCCAUCCUCAAUUAAGCCCUUCCAUGGUCAAAUUCCAUCAAUCUCAAUAGGAUUGGAUCCACCAGGGAGAAGCUAUAUUCUACUUUACUGAUUACCGCUUCAAAAGGUAUUGGCCUCUGAAAAUUUCUCCCAUAUUUCACCCAAUCUGAACCCCUGCCAAAUCGACUAUUCCAGUCGACUCUCAGAUGGAAGUUCUCCUUCGGUCUGAGCUGAUCCGAUUGCGGGGUCCAACAUCACAAGGGAAGCCAUUGGCAGACCCUGACGCGAGAGAAAUGUGAGGGAGAGUGAGUCUCUCAAAAGCUAUUUCAGGCACCGUUCCACCGGAUGCUAUCGCGUGUUUGUUUGUGCCUGUGGAGGAAAUUUGGAUGCCCCCCGUUGGGGCUCGAUGUUGUUCUUGCAAUGUCAUAUCUAACAGAAAAAAGUUUUACUAGUUCGUCAUUUUCUUAUGAUUAUAAUUGGAUUGCCGUGCUACGAAGUUAUUGGUUGAAUGAGAUGGCCGAUGCAGCAGUUGGCAAGGGUCACUCUUAUGGUGAGAUCAAUAGCAUGCAGAAAAAUGCAUUUGAUUUAGGAGUCUUUGUCGGAGAUUUGAGUUUUGAGGAGGACGCAAGCAGUGAUGAUGUCUCAUUGGAAGGACUGCAACAAGAACUAGAAGAAUGUAAAAAUGAUGAUGUAGUUGCAAAUAUCCUGUCCAAAGGUAUUAAACUAAGGGAGUACACGAAGGGGGUUGAGAACAAUUUACGGCAAGUAGAAUUGGACUCUAUUCAGGACUAUAUAAAAGAAAGUGACAAUCUGGUGUCUCUGCAUGAUCAGAUUCGAGAUUGUGAUCGCAUUUUGUCACAAAUGGAAACUCUUCUCAGCGGAUUUCAGGCUGAGAUUGGUUCUAUUAGUUCAGACAUAAAAGUUCUUCAAGAGAAAUCUAUGGAUAUGGGUCUGAAGCUGAAGAACCGUAAGGUUGCAGAAUCAAAAUUGGCUAAAUUUGUUGAAGACAUUAUUGUCCCCCCAAGAAUGGUAGACAUAAUUGUGGAUGGAGAGGUCAAUGAUGAAUAUAUUAGAACUCUUGAGAUUUUAAGUAAGAAGCUGAAGUUCGUUGAACUGGAUUCAAUGGUUAAGAUGUCAAAAGCUCUGAAAGAUGUUCAGCCUGAGUUGGAAAGACUUAGACAGAGAGCAGUUUCGAAGGUGUUUGAAUACAUUGUGCAAAAGCUUUAUGCAUUGAGAAAACCAAAAACUAAUAUCCAGAUCCUUCAACAGAGUGUACUUUUAAAAUACAGGUAUGUGAUAUCUUUUCUCAAGGAACAUGGCAAGGAGAUAUACACUGAGGUUCGUGGAGCAUACAUCGACACAAUGAACAAGGUUUUAAGUGCACAUUUCCGUGCUUAUAUUCAAGCAAUGGAGAAAUUACAGUUGGAUAUAGCAACAUCUAGUGAUUUGAUUGGUGUUGAGGCCAGAAGCACUAGUCUUUUUUCAAGAGGAAGAGAACCUUUAAAGAACCGCUCCGCUGUCUUUGCUUUGGGGGAGAGGAUAAACAUUUUAAAGGAAAUCGAUCAGCCUGCAUUGAUUCCACAUAUAGCUGAAGCUAGCUCCCUCAAGUAUCCUUAUGAAGUCCUAUUCAGGAGCUUGCACAAACUGCUUUUGGAUACUGCUACUUCCGAGUUUAUUUUCUGUGAUGAUUUCUUUGGGGAAGAAUCCAUAUUUUAUGAAAUUUUUGCAGGUCCGUUUUCUGUUAUUGACGAACACUUCAAUUCGAUCCUUCCAAAUUGUUUUGAUGCUAUUGGCCUAAUGCUUAUGAUCCGCAUAAUCCACCAGCACCAGCUCAUUAUGUCGAGGCGGAGGAUUCCUUGCUUGGAUUCAUACUUAGACAAGGUUAACAUUUCUCUAUGGCCUCGUUUCAAGAUUGUAUUUGACAUGCACCUCAACAGCCUCCGCAAUGCUAAUGUAAAAAUGUUGUGGGAAGAUGAUGUUCAUCCUCAUUAUGUCAUGAGGCGUUAUGCUGAGUUUACAGCAUCACUUAUUCACCUGAAUGUUGAAUAUGGAGAUGGUCAGCUUGAACUAAAUAUGGAGCGGUUGAGAAUGGCUGUCGAUGAUUUACUUAUCAAACUUGCAAAAAUGUUUGCAAAACCAAAAUUGCAGACAGUGUUUCUUAUAAACAACUACGAUAUGACAAUUGCUGUUUUGAAGGAAGCUGGUCCAGAAGGCGGAAAGAUUCAACUGCAUUUUGAAGAAGUACUGAAGAGCAAUACAGCAAUUUUUGUGGAAGAACUACUAUUGGAGCAUUUCAGUGAUCUAAUCAAGUUUGUGAAAACCAGAGCCUCUGAGGACCCCAGCUCUACCUCUGAGAGGCCUGUAACUGUUGCCGAAGUCGAGCCUCUGGUAAAGGACUUCGCAAGCAGAUGGAAAGCUGCAAUAGAACUGAUGCACAAAGAUGUCAUUACUUCCUUCAGUAGCUUCCUGUGUGGUAUGGAAAUCCUGAGAGCUGCAUUGACACAGCUGCUGCUUUAUUAUACUAGACUUUCAGAUUGCAUAAAGAGAAUUGUCGGCGGGUCUGCUCUAAACAAGGAUCUUGUUUCCAUUUCUUCAAUCAUGUAUGAAAUCAGGAAAUACUCUAGGACAUUCUAGAUUUUUGAGACCUUUGACAAUGCACUCUUUAUAACCCAUUGCUUGAUGGGGUUAUGAUUAUGAGUUUUCAAUAGUUGUCAAUUGGAGCUCUUGGCGACAUCAACAGAAAUGGGAGAGGAUUGCCCUCUUUUCUUCUUCUUCUUUUUGGAGAAUUGUCAUCUUUGUAUUCAAAAAAAUUAUAUAAAAAUAAAAUUCAUAAAAAUGAAGGCCUCAUUUUGGCUAAGGAUGCAAA